AUGCUGCCGGUCGCAACGCCCAGUCUGCAGAAACUACGUCGCGCUUGCGAUGUCGCGAAAGAUGUGGCGCGCAGUCGGGAGUCUGCGGCGGAGCACGUGCCCGACGACCCCGCUCGUCUCUCCCAGGAGCGAAAGUCGAAAGACAAAGACGAGGACCUCUCGCCUCCAGGCAGCGACACCGCAGCCUCCACCGGCGUAUUCUCGGACAGCGCGUCCGUGGAGGAGGCGCGGGAGCAGUUUUCGCCGACAACCCUCGCGCUCCAGGCAGGCCAUGAACUGAGUGACCAGGAAAGCACUUCUGUCGAGCAAGACAAGUCGCCGAGCGAGACGAAGAAGCUGUGCGUGCUGAAAGGCGCGUGGACCGAGGGAGACAGCGCAGAGCUCGUCGACGAUACACCCAGGGCGAGGGCCGGAACGGCAUUCGAGCGGAACGACUGUUUCGUGGUGAAAGACAAAGCAGCAGCGCAUGCAGCGACUGGGGCCGAAACCCCAGCGGAAGGAUGUCGCAUUGUUCAGAGGGUCGGCGGAGAAACGCGGGUUUCCUCGGGGGGUGCGGCGCACGCGAAUGAAGCAAACGACCUGGAGAAGAAGUUCCCGGACUCAAAAACAGCGACUGACGCCACGCAGUUUGGACCCGAGGUUCAUGGUGUUCAAAAAUCAAUGCAGAGCCCAGGUGUGGAAACGGUGGAGGGGAGCGUGCCGCGAGCUCGCGGGGGAGAACAGCGUCUCGUGGAUUGCCAAGACUCAGUGAAAGCGAGGCACGCCUCGGGAACAGAGACGGUAGGAAGCCCCGAGGUGUCCAGAGAAGAGGAGGAAGACGGGGGGACGUCCGCGGAAAGGCCGUCGGCGGAAAUGGAGCAAACGAAGGAGGCAGAUGCGAGGCAGGCGCGGAGGCCAAACGCGGCGGUCGAGCCUGGAGUUCGUGAAGAGAAAGAACCGCGCACCCUUCCAGAGAACGCGGCGGAGCCGGCAGGGCGUGCACUCUCCGCGCAGGUGCUGAAUCGAGAGUGCUCGACGCAUGCAGGGAACGGGAACCAGCGGCUCAGACCGCGCCUCGUCUUACGGCGAACCGGAGAGGACGGGAGUCCGACAGGUCUGCAAGAAGGAUCCGGGGAAGCCACGCCUCGCGCUGCGUCAUCGCCGGGGUCGCGCCUCGUUCGGACAUCAAGCAUUGACGAGGACGUUUUCGUCUCAGUCGUGGCGGCUGAGGCGGCCACGGCGGCCGCGAUCGAGCUCCAAAGCGUCGAUCUUUCCCAUCCUGCUCUGUCGACUCCGCGCUCUGCGGGCGGCGGCAUCGACGGCAGAGACCGCCACUGCUGUGGCUCGGCGUCUCCGGAGUCCACGUGUCCCGGCUCGGGAGAAGACGGCGACAGUUUGGCUGUCGGUACAGGUGCCGAGAACGUUCAACGGGAAGCGCCCUGUUCUCUGUCGGUUGCGGGUUCUUCGGAUUCACGCAAGCGCCAGUACCCAGGGUGCACGAACGCGUCGGAGACCGUGUCGCGCCCGCAGUCGACGCCAGGCGCCGCCUCGCCGGCGAACGGCCUGCAAGCGGGGAAGAGGAGUCAUCCGGAGACCUCCACGGGCGAGGCCUGGAGAGAGGAAGCACUCCAGGCUUGCUUCCCGGCGCGACACUGCUCCUGUGCGCCCCGACCGAGAGUGUGUGGAUGCAGCGCGCAUGCGGUCAAGUGCGGCUCGCCGUCGAGCACCAAAGAGUGGAGAACGGGAGGAUGCCCGAAGGAGGCAGCGGCGUGUGGCUGGGGGAGUGCCGCGACUUUUUGGGGACGCGAGGGGACGAGCGCGCAGGGGGACUCGCUGGCUGUGCACUGCCCGGGGCUGAGCGGGCCAGGGUGUGGGGCGCCGAGCAGAGGCGGGGCGCGGCCGCUGGAGAGAAGCGACCAGAUCGCUUGGGGCUGCUGGAGGGGCGAGCGUGAUGGGUUUCACAGUGCCGCAGGCGGCGGUCGGUUCUCCAGUUGGAUGCGUGCUGCAGCAGAGGCGAGCUGCUCGGGCGGCGGGCGGGGAAGGCUCGGUGACUCGGACCGUGCUCACGGCGUGUUCGCUGGCGGCGACGCGGUGGAGAAGGCGUACGCAGCUUGCGCGCGCAGACCCGAGCUCGCAGGCGCCGUGAACGGGCCCUUGAGCGGUUCGAGUCGCGCGGCUUUUUCGACGUGUCGGGCGAACCCUCGCUCGCCGCAGGUGCCGCGCGCGACGCAGGGACGUCCCUUUCGUCUCGGCCCGCGGGAGACGGCGGCGGCUGCUGUCGCCCUGGCGGACGCGUGCGAAGACACUUUCCUUUUCCUGGGGUGGAUUCCCGAGAAGCAAGGCAGCAAGCAGGCGAAGGCAGAGAGUGCGACGCCGGAGCGGGCUUGGAAGAACGCGUUCCACCCAGGCGCAGUGGACGGCGAGAGGCGCGGCGGAAAUCGCGACGCAUGGGAGAGUCGCGUCGGAGCGGACUUCCAGCACGGAGACGCUACCGACAGGGGCGUGGCGGCUGGCAGCGGGAACGGAACGCUUCUCGAGUCGUGGCCGCGGACGGUUCUGGAGUCCCUGCUUGAGACGCUCCGCGGCCAGGCAGACGAGAGAGCUCGCGGCAGAGCCUCAGAGACUCCGACGUCGCCGGGGGCGCGGUCAGACACAGACCGUGUCCUGGGGCCGUCGAGAGUGUCGACGAUGGACAGUCCGCUGGGAAGCGCGAACGAACAGUCAGUGCAGGCGAGCCUGGAACUCCAUAAAUUGCUCGGGCAGUCCAGGUCGCCUCAAGAAGAGACGGGCUGUCCACUGCGAACGGGCUCCGCACACGACAGGACGGCGACAGGAAGUCUCGAAGCGGCGACCGGCAGCACCGACGGCUUCGGCGUAGGGUCGUGGGCAAAGUCGUGCUACGACGGCAGGGGGGACGCAGUUUUCCAAGACGGUCCAGGACGCGUGGAGACAGUCACAGCCCUGUCCCGGUCGGGUGAUGGUGCAGAGCCAAGCAUGUGGGGUCCCGGCGGCGUCGGCGCCUCUCGCCCAGAGCUGCACGGCCCCAGGCCGGGGGCGAGGCAGGUCCGAACCGACGAGGGCGGCGCGCAGAGAGCGGCGCUGCAGACUCGAGAGACGAACGUGAAAAAGGGUGUGCGGGGGCAGCCGUCGCUGCAGUCCGCCCAGACUGGCUGCGCUCCGAUUCGCUCGCUGGCGGAAGCCCGAGUCGCUUCUUUGAACGCGCGCCUGUCUUCGCCGUUUCCCUCCAGGACGGUGGUUCGGCGGCAGGCGCAUCUGGAGAGCGUUCCCGGCCUUGCAAAGCCCGCGAGCGCAGGGAAGACCAGCGGCAACCAAGUCCCCGAGUCUUUCGACAGUCGAGUGGCGAAAGGCGGGAAAGGUCCAGGCAGUUUGGUGCGUGCGCGGUCGGGGGGUUCACGCCGGAGCCCGUCUGUGGCGCCGAACUCGCGAAACGGCCACCGCAGGGCGAAAGAGACUUCGCGGCGCGAAAAGCAUCCCGACGAACCAGGAAGGCGAUCUUCCGGCUCCGCGGGGACCUACCAGCGUGGGGCGAUCCACAGCGGGCACGCGCCGUCUGCGCCCGACGCCACUCAACGACAGCUCGACGCGUUGCAUGCGGCGGCUGCAGCCGUUCUCCGGAGUCGCAUCGAAGGCCAGAAGAAAGGCCAGCUGAAUGGUGGCCGAUCCGCGCGCCACUCGCUGCGGACGUCUUCGGCCGAGCGAGCGGGGACGAACUCCCCACCCUCGGCGGUCUCGAGCGAAGGCUGCGCGGCCGAGGAAGACAGUCCCGCGAGGCCGCGGAGCGGUUCACAACUCGCGUCCGAAGCGGGUCAGGCCGCGCGUGUUGAAGGACACAGAGAGAGUUCGACGGUGCCGGGAUCGUCGGCGAAAGGCAAAGGGCUGUAUCUGCCCCUGGCGAACGAAUCGCGAGUUGGCGACACGGACGAAAGGCGGUCGGGCUUCAUGCACGCCCCGUCACGAGGCGCCUGGCGACAGAGACACUCCAGGAUGGAGCGCGGCCAAGGGCUUCCAGAGCCAAACGCGUGGAGCAAGAGCUCGGCGGCUGGGGCCGAGAAACCGCCUCUCUGCUCGCCGAUUCAAGCAGCGGUUCUGGCCAAGGAAUUUGCGAGAAACGCCCGCCUGGGAGAUCCCCGCGGGUGGAAGAAGACGGAACGCAGCGAAGCCGGAGUGAACCUCUCUUCCCUUGAGUGCCUGAUAGCAGGCAUGCUUCCCCACGGAGGGUAUGCGGGCGGGGGAGAGGAACGCGCGGCGGAACAGGUGUUACAGGCCUGCACAGGGAAUCCAGUGCCCAGGAAUAAACGCACGGUGUCAGGAGCUCUGCCUGACGCGGCGGCUGCGGCGGCUGCGGCGGCUGCGGCAGGGAAAUCUGGCGUGGCUGACGGCGCGUUCGGAGGAAGUGGACAGGAGAGCAAGGAGAACGGGGUCGACGAGGAGCACAUGCGGAAACGACGGAAGCUCCAGUUCCUACUGGGCAUUCCCUGCGGCAUAAAAGACAUCGAAGAAGCACUGCAGUGGCGCGAACCGGAUCGGUUGGCGGCAGGUUCCGCGCCGGUGUCUGCGCCGAGUGGAGACGUCUCGGAAGUCGAGCCUUCCAAAUCAGUGGAUGCACGCGUUCUGGACCGGACUCUGGAAGGGCCGGACGACCCAGAGGAAAUGCGUGGACAGUCUGUGGAACCCCCCGCCAAGCAGCAGUCCGGCGAGGCGACGCCUUCGGAGGUGAACGAGCAGCGUUGCGUGAGUCACGUGUCCGGCCGGGAACCCGUUUUGUGUUCUUCGACCGAACCGCCACCGCCUCUUUCGUUGUCUGCAGAUCCGCGGCAAGUUCCGGCGACCGAGUUGUAUUCACACAGGGCGCAUGCGUGCGGCGCGGGGAGCCUUCAGGUGGGCAAGCACGAGGGCGAGCGGAGCGCCGUCUUUGGUGACCCAGGGGGAACUCCCUCAGGCGCAACGCAGGCUGGCGUCGAGUCGGUCGAGGCAGGGGCGCGCGUCGCAGGUGUGGAGGUUCGAGACCAAAAGGGCGGAGAAGAAGCCCGAGUGGGAGUCGUGGGUUUUUCAAACGACUUGUCGCUUCUGCCUGAGGAGAGCGAACCGACGCUCGUGUCAGGCCAUGAUAUGAGUGCAGCCGAUGCUUUGAGCGGAAUCGUGGAGCCCACAGGGAACGCGGAAGAUGGCGCCGAAGCAGACGGGAAACCUGGCGCAGGGCCCGCGUGGGGGCGCGGCUCAGUGCUGUCGCGAGUGGGGUCGGGUGCGACGUCUCUGUCGUCUCUCCGGCGUUUCUCGAGCCGAUCGACUGUGUGCACAGCUGGAUCGUUCUCUCGGGCCUCGUCGACAACGACGUCUACCUACGAUUUGUCUCCCGUCGCGAGCCGGAUCUUGUCAGGGUGGUCCGGGAGCAUCACUUGCCCAGAGAAAGGCGGCGACUGCGGAGAGGCGUCACUUCUGGCCUCCGAUGUCUCGUCGCUUCUCGGCGGGGCUGCGGAGACGUCUCCGGCAUCCGAGGGAACUCCGGAUGGGAGGGCGGUCGGUGCUCAUCCGCCGCUGACAAUCGAUUUGAGUGGGAGCAAGACGAUGUGCUUGGAGGGUGCGCUUAGCGAUGCAGGUGGAAACGUUGAGGACGAGGAGGCGGGGGAGAAGACGUGCGGCAGUGAAGACUCGCGCACGACUGCAGCAUGCGUCGAGUUGAUGAUUGAAAUGUUUCAAGCGGUCGGCGAAGAGGCAGUUGUAGCCGCCGCCGCGUCUUUUUUGGAAAGGGCCGAGACAGAUGACCUCGGAUCGCAGUGGGAAGAGGCGGAGGACAGGGAGGCUGGUUCUCAGUGGAUGCAGGCGCCUGGCGAGAGCCGAACUUCCCAGCAAGAUGUGUCAGUGCGCAUGUGA